UCCCCAUCAGUGCAGUACAAGCUUUUUAAAAACUACAUAUCCCAUCAUUCAGUGGAAACGGCUAAUCCGAAGGAAAACGUAAACGGGAAUAAUUCACAUCUUCCGAGUGGCAUCCGUAUUCCAAUAAAUUGCAUAUUGCAGUUAAGAAAGUACUUAUUAAGCUGUAAAAAUAUUUUACAGAUACAAUGCUGCGGACGAAGCGGAUUGUAUAAGCGAAUCUCACAAAGAUUGUUACAGGCAGCAUUUCUGUCGAUCAUGCGCAGUGUUCGAUAUUUAUCCCAUGCAUGAUUUUAUAUAUUUGUUUUUGCCACGGUCACCGGCGGCGGCCACUGCACUGACAAGAGCACCGGGGCGGGCGAAAAGGAGCAGGAGAAGCCGAGCGGAGUCAGCGGAAGCUGGUUGAGUCGGAUGCUGGGCAGAUUGGAGAUGCAGCCUUCUGCGGAUUGACGCAAGCACUCCGGGCUUAUCAUGUAGUGCCCCCAACCACACCCCCAUUACUGUCAGCGUGUGCACCCUUCAUUGCCAGCAAUGGUGGACAACCGCUACGCCACGGCCCUAGUGAUCGGCUCUGUCCUCAGCAUCCUGGCCACCGUAUAUCUGUCAGUGGCCGUAGGCACGCAGCACUGGUACCAGUACUGGAGUCCGCCAGCCAUGGGGGAGGCCAACGCUUCGGAGCUGCGGGCCAUGCAGGAAGAGUUCAUGAGCAGCGAUUUCGACGAGAAAGCCUACAGCGACACGCUCUUCCGCCUCAAUGGCACCCUUGGACUUUGGUGGCGUUGCGUGUUGGUGCCAACCCAUUCGCAUUGGUACAAGGAGCCCGGUAAGGGCCCAGCAGUCACACAUCCAAAGAUGGUGACAGAGUGUGUAAGUUUCACACUGCCCCAGCAGUUCAUGCCCAAGUACAGAGAACCAGGAAACCACAACAGCGGAGAGGACGUGGUCCGCACAUAUCUGUGGCGAUGUCAGUUUUUAUUGCCACUGGUAUCACUGGGCCUGGUGGUCCUAGGAGGCAUGAUCGGAAUUUGUGCCUGUCUGUGUCGAAGCCUAACGCCGCUCCUGGGCAUCGGAGUACUCCACCUGCUGGCCGGUAAAAAGUAUUUGCACUCUGGCCACCGUGUGCUGCUACCUGGCAGGGAUGGAUCUCCUGCACCGGGUGUCAGUCCUGCCGGAUGGAGUAGAUGGGAAUCUGGGUUGGUCCCUGUACUUGGCGCUCAUCUCCUGCCCCCUGCACAUGAUGGCCGCUGCUUUGCUGGUGUGGGCGGCCCGCAGUCACGGACAGAGCUACUAUCGCAUGACCGCCUACAGAGUGGCAUAGCAGCAUGUGGUCGUAACCGCUACAAGGUGACCACUUACAGGACGGCAUGGUAAAACAUGGUCACAGUCAAACAAACAUGACAACUCACGUAGCUGUUUGGGACUGUACAUAUUUAUUUCCACAUGGCUGGGAGUAUAAUGAACCAUUCUAACUUCCUGGAUCAUGAUGUCAUAAUACCACAUGAUCACUGGUGAAAAGGCACAAAGCCUUGCUUCCACAUCACCACCAUAACCUGUGUCACAAGACUGCAUUUCCAGGUAGAGUGGAGCAGUUUAAACAGCCUCGACUACAUUAUUUUAGAGAGAGAUAAAUGUUCCCGCCAUUGUGGCCAGAAUCAGUUAGAAAUCUUCCUGAAUGAACGACCAAAAUAUUUGCACCUGAAAAGCUCACGUAGUGAUUUUCUUGCCAGACCUGUAGUUGCUGGAAUUAGUUAUUUGUCGUUAUGAAUUGGUUUAGUGGCUGAGCCUUUUGUGUGUUUCAGGUAGGCAGGUGCAGGCAAGUUUUAGCCUAGGCAUGCUAAGAUCUAAUCCAACAAAACCUGUUUUUGUGCUUUUAAUUGCACCCAGCUAAUCCUUCUUGAAAUGUCCUUCUGUUUGUGGUAUGACGAUUUGUUGUACGGCUCAUCUCUCUGCUCUGAGUAACGUUGGCUUUAACUUGUUGUGGUAACUCAUUAGCUGUGGUUCACGGUUUUGCUUGUGUGUAUUUUAUGAAAAUAUAUUACAGCUUCUGCUUCACAUUUUUUCAUGUAUUUUCUUAGGUUAAAAGUUUUGAUCGGAUUCAUCAAUUUGUUUUUUGUCUCUGCAGCAUUAUUUUACUAUUUAUGAAGUCGCUGCAGAACUGACCGGAAUGUAAUUAGCUGGAUGAGUGUGAUGUAACUGUAACUUAACGCACAGUAAAUUGUCUCAAGAAAUGUUUUUGGAAGCUUAUUGUUACGGCGAACUAAGAUGUGAUGUAGAAUGCUGAAAAGAAGAUGAGAUCUUUAAAUAUAGUUUUUAAUUGAAUUUCAGAACAAUAUUAAUAUAAAAUAAAGCACAGAAUGAAAAUCAGAA